AUGUUGGAUGAUGUGGUCCGUCCAGGACGGGGCGGGGGGGCGGUCCGCGGCGUCGAGGGCCAAAUCCCCCCCGUCCUCCGCCGCGUUCCCCGCCACCCCGAGCGAGGAAAAGCUCGGGGAGGUCAGGGCCGAAGGCGGGCUGGCGUAGGCGUGCGCCCGGCCAUCCCCGAGGUGCUCAAGGGCGAGCACCACGUCGGCCAGCAGCCGGGGCGCCAUGGCGCGGGUGUGGUCCACCCCGUGCCGGGCCAAAUACUCCGCCAGGCUGCCGUUCUCCGCGAGGUCCAUGACCAAAAACACACAAUCCCCGUCCUCGGCGACGCCGAAGACGGUCAAAAGGCAGGGGUGCGCGAGCUGGCCGCCGAGCAGGAGCUCGUUCCGCAGGGCCUGCAGGACCGGCGUCCGGCACAACUCCGCCUUAAAAACGCGCUUGACGGCCACGACGCGAAAAGGCGCGGCGGCGGGAGGGGGGGCCGGGGGGAAGGACCGCGAGAGCGGGUCCUCCGGCGUGCUCCCCAGCCGCCCCGACGCCGUCGAGAGCGUCUUGCCGUACACCAACGACGGGCCCGGGUGCGAAAAGGACGGGAUGUCCAUCGCGAGCGUCGACGUCCGGCUCGCGGCGGCAGUGAGGCUGAGCAGAUCGCUCGGGUCGCCCGGGUCGUAGGCCUUCGACAGCGACGACGACCCGAGGCGGCCGCGGGGGGGAGCGACACCACCGGACAAACGCCGCCGCCGGGAAAAUCGGGCGGGAACGGGGGGGCCCCGACCGACGCCGGCCGCGAGGCCGCCUGGUCAAGCAGCAGCUCGGCCCGCUCGGCGGCGGGGUCGACAAAGUGGUGCAGCUGA